GAGCCGAGCCUCGGGGUCUCGGGGAAGGGGCGCAGGUAGCCGCCAUCUUGAGUUGCGAACCUUGUCGUUACGCUCAACGCUAGGGGCGGAGUGGCGACCCCACUGUUACCUGCAGCGGACGCCGCAACCGGGAGCCGGGAAGUUAAGACACCGGGUAUUGCCACAUUAAUGGAUGCCAUGGCUAGUCCAGGGAAAGAUAACUAUAGAAUGAAAAGUUACAAGAAUAAAGCCCUAAAUCCCCAAGAGAUGCGUAGACGAAGAGAAGAAGAAGGAAUACAGCUUCGAAAACAAAAAAGGGAAGAGCAGUUGUUCAAACGCAGAAAUGUCUCUUUGCCCAGAAAUGAUGAAUCUAUGCUAGAAAGUCCUAUCCAGGAUCCGGAUAUCAGUUCCACUGUGCCCAUUCCGGAGGAAGAAGUUAUCACCACAGAUAUGGUUCAGAUGAUUUUUUCUAACAAUGCUGAUCAGCAGCUAACAGCAACACAGAAAUUUAGAAAGCUGCUUUCUAAAGAACCUAAUCCACCAAUUGAUCAGGUUAUCCAGAAACCAGGAGUUGUACAGAGAUUUGUGAAAUUUCUUGAAAGAAAUGAAAAUUGUACUUUACAGUUUGAAGCUGCAUGGGCAUUAACUAAUAUAGCAUCUGGAACUUUUCUGCAUACCAAGGUAGUGAUUGAAACUGGGGCUGUUCCAAUUUUUAUCAAACUUCUUAAUUCAGAGCAUGAAGAUGUGCAAGAGCAGGCUGUUUGGGCACUUGGUAAUAUUGCUGGUGACAAUGCAGAAUGCAGAGAUUUUGUUUUGAAUUGUGAAAUACUUCCACCUCUUUUAGAGUUAUUAACAAAUUCAAACAGACUUACAACAACCAGAAAUGCUGUAUGGGCUCUCUCAAAUUUAUGUAGAGGCAAAAACCCUCCUCCAAACUUUAGUAAGGUUUCACCUUGCUUAAAUGUCUUGUCACGAUUGUUGUUUAGCAGUGACCCAGAUGUAUUAGCAGAUGUGUGCUGGGCCCUUUCUUAUCUUUCUGAUGGACCCAAUGAUAAAAUUCAAGCAGUCAUUGAUUCUGGAGUCUGUCGAAGAUUGGUGGAACUUUUGAUGCACAAUGAUUAUAAAGUUGUAUCACCUGCAUUAAGAGCAGUUGGUAAUAUUGUGACUGGUGAUGAUAUUCAAACACAGGUAAUUUUGAAUUGCUCUGCAUUACCAUGUCUCUUACACUUACUGAGUAGCCCAAAGGAAUCAAUCAGAAAAGAAGCCUGCUGGACUGUUUCUAACAUCACUGCUGGAAAUAGAGCUCAGAUUCAGGCUGUUAUAGAUGCAAAUAUUUUUCCUGUUUUGAUUGAGAUUCUUCAGAAAGCAGAGUUUCGCACCAGGAAAGAAGCAGCUUGGGCUAUAACUAAUGCAACAUCAGGAGGUACUCCAGAACAAAUAAGGUAUUUGGUAGCCUUAGGUUGCAUUAAACCACUUUGUGACCUAUUGACUGUUAUGGACUCUAAAAUAGUCCAAGUGGCUUUAAAUGGACUUGAAAAUAUUUUACGUCUUGGAGAACAAGAAUCUAAGCAGAAUGGAAUAGGCAUUAAUCCAUACUGUGCUCUCAUUGAAGAAGCAUAUGGUCUGGAUAAAAUUGAAUUUCUGCAAAGCCAUGAAAAUCAGGAAAUUUAUCAAAAGGCUUUUGAUCUGAUUGAACAUUACUUUGGUGUAGAGGAAGAUGACCCCAGCAUUGUACCUCAGGUGGAUGAAAGUCAGCAACAGUUCGUGUUUCAGCAGCAGGAAGCACCAAUGGAAGGGUUUCAACUUUAACUUGGUGGGGGAAAAAUUAAUGGCUACAAAGGAUAGUUUCAGAGAUAUCUUCUUUGUUACAAUGUCAG